UGUGUGUGUGUGUGUGUGUGUACACGUGUGUGUGUGUGUGCGUGUGUAGGGCAGCAUGAGGAUGGGGGUUGUUGCUCAGGGAACAGAGCUUGUCGGGGGGGCAGCAUGAGGGUGGGUCACAUGGUGAGGGGCAGGGACACAGAGCAGCACCUCCUCACAACCCUUUUCUAGCACAUUCACGCUGUUCCGGCUCCUGUCGACUGAGCACACGUUUGCCUUCCAUUUCCUGGCUCCUUUAGGGACACGAUUCCCCUGAGCACGGGCCAAGGGGUCUGGAAGGAACCACUGGUGUUUCCACCAUGUUUAUGGGUGCAUUUGAAAGGGCAUGCUGUUAUCUGGUGCUACCUUUCCCUUUCACUAAAGAGGGAACCGAGGCCCAGAGAGGUGAAGUGACUUACUCAGGGUUGCACAGCUGCUGAGUGGCAGAGUCGGAAGGUAAUUUCUGCUAGCUAGCUGGGGCAUUCGGUGCCGGAGGACUGGUCUCCCCCAGGGAGAUGCGUGGGCUGCAAAUAUUAGGAAGAUAGCUUGUGGGAAAAGGGCAUUCAUCUGAGGACUCGGGUGUCUGAGGCGGGCCCAGGGCCUGAGCUGCUGAGCUGCCAAGAUGCCUCUUUUGUUCCCGAGUCUCACAGGCAUGACUCAGCUGCUGAGGGUGCUGGCCUUUUGCAUGGUGCAGGGCUUGAUGUCCUCAUUCUGCCAAUCCAGAGAUGCUGGGGAGGAGACCUAUAGGCUGAGUGUCCGGGUGGGGCUGGCCCCUGCUCAGCCACCUAUGUCCGCUCUGGAACCUGUGGGCAGAGCAGGGGCCUGGGAGGAGGCAGGGCAGCUUCCCGAGGACGGGGUGGUGGCGGAGCAGACACCAUAGGCAUCCACUACAGAAAGGAGGACCAUUAGUGAAGCCCUACUGUGUGCCCAGCCACCACGCCAAGUGUGUUAUGUGGCCCCAAAUUUCAUCUCUGCAACGACCCCAUCUAGUAGGUAUUACCAGCCAUACUUUGCAGAUGAGGACACCAAGGCACAGAGAGGGGAGGCAGUUCCUCCUGGGCCACACAGCCAGGGGAGCAGUGACCCAGACAGACCCAGGCCCGUUUUUUAAAUUCAAGAACCCGGAGGUAGAACGAUAGCUCCCUCUGGACUGGGGACCCUGAGAAACUUGUAUGGAAAUACAGUCCCUGUUUGGCCCAAAGAUAACGGCAUGGUAAUGAGGUGUUUAUUGGAUCUGUCUGCAGAGGACAUCUUUGAUGAAUUAUUUAGGCUGGCUCCGGAGAAAGUGAACACGGUGAAAGAGGCCAUUGUGAACUUUGUCAACCAGAACCUGGACGGCCUGGGCCUGUCUGUGCAGAACCUGGACACCCAGUUUGCAGACGGGGUCUUCUUACUCUUGCUGAUUGGACAACUGGAAGGCUUCUUCCUGCACUUGAAGGAAUUCUACCUCACUCCCACCUCUCCUGCGGAAAUGCUGCACAACGUCACCCGUGCCCUGGAGCUGCUGAAGGACGAAGGUCUGCUCGACUACCCCAUCAACCCCGAAGACAUUGUGAACAAGGACGCCAAGAGCACGCUGCGCGUCCUCUACAGCUUGUUUCGAAAGCACAAGCUGCAAGAAAGCACAGAUAGCAUGCCCCGUGGAUCCCCCAAUUAGCGGUCACUGCCCCAGAAGCUGCUUCCCGGAGCCUGCCUGCCUGCAGCAGCCGCGGGAAGACCCAAGGGCCCCAGAGGGACCUGCCCCACCGCACAGCCCGUGCCCCCCGUUUCCUGUGUGUCUGCGGCGUGCCGGCCCUGCCCCCACCCCCAUUCCCGUGUCCAAGUAUCUUUGAACUCAGCAGGCAUGCAUGGAUCUGUUUUGAGCCACCCCCUGGCCUCACUCAGUUUAUAUUAACAAGUGUUAUUUCUGGGAGGGAUCUGGGGAGGCUGUAGUGUCCUGGGAGAGACAGUUCAAUCUGCAUGUGUACGAGCUCACCCCCCUCCCCUCCCCAGUGCAGCUCCCCUUCCCACGGGCCAGGCGUGGAAGGUGCUCAGAGUCCCAUCUCCGAGGGCACCCGUGGGGGCAGCUGAGAGCCCAGUGAUGCUGACCUUCCCUGAGGCUCCAGGGCCUGAACUUGGUAGCAGAAAGGACUCUUGGGUGUCACGGCAGAUGGCCAGAGGCCCCAGCCUGCCCACAGUUAGCUAUUGCUAGCCUGUCUCUCCCUCAGGCGGAUGGACGUGGCUCCAAAACCAAGCCCCCGAGCCCCUUGGGGCAGUUAAGUUGGUUACUUGCCAGAGGAACCGUGGGCCAGGCCCCACCCCACAACGGUGGCAGAGAACCUUGCCCAGAAAUCCCGAAGGAGAAAUCUUUGUGGUCUCCCAGUCUGUCCCGGGGAGGGGCCUUGCUCUCUCUCUGCUGAGACUUGGCACUUGCUGCCUAUGUUUCGCAAAGAAUAAGUCCCUGGAGGAGGGCUGACCAUGGCCGUCCCAGUAGCCGACGUGGGGCGGGAACCAACCAGGACAAGGCACAGGGGCCAGGGGGGCAGGGCUGACAGGGGAGGGCUGAGGUGGGCCCCCCGGGGCUGCCGCUGGGCUUCUCCCCUGCAUUCCCAGCUCAGGACCUCCAUCGAGGACAGAGCCCGCUAGGUCUGGGGUCAUCACAGUUUGACGGCCUUGGCCUUGGGGAGGGGCUUUGCGGUAGGGGGCUGGUGCGGGCCAGGCCAUCUCUGCUCCCCGGGGCCGCCGCCACCGCUGUGCCCGUUGGGAGCAUUACCUGUGUAUCAUCCGGAGUAUCUCCUGCUCUGAAACCUCCUUUGUCUGAUAUUAAUACAGCAAGGUAUCUUUUCCGUCUUUCUACUUUCCAACUCUCUGUGUCUCUGUAUUUAAAGAGGAUUCCUUACAGACACAAAUAGUUGUAUC